AUACAUCGCUGAAUAUUAGCUUGAUUUAAACCUCCCCCUGCACUGCUCGCUACAGACGGUCAAGCAGCAAAAGCUGCAGAGACCAGCCCAAUGGGACAGGCACUCCGUCAAUGUACUUCAUUGUUUGCCCGGAGGAGCUGUGUGCGGGAAAACUAGUACAGUACUCUUGCUUACGUUUUUAUCCAUAGGUUCUCUACCGUUAUUUUAUACCAGUGGUCUCUACGCGUGAUUUUUGAUUAUUCAUCCUGCAACUUUCACUUAUGAUUGGCGAUUAUGGGGCAAACGUGUGGUUUCUCUCUGGGAAACAUCGUUUUGGUCCUCCUGCUGUUGUGUGAAGGGUCAGUUGGGCUCUACUUCCCCCAGAAUCAGUACAAGGAGACUGUGUACGUCGGGCAGUCUGCAGGGACACCCGUGCUCCAGGUCCACGCCAUGGUGGAGAGCGACUCUCAACGGCCCCACUUCUACCUGUGCUACCUGAGGCCUCCAACCUAUGCCCCAUGGUUCCACCUGGACGAGACCACAGGGAUACUCUCCAUGAAUAAGACCCUGGAGUGGAGCGACUUUGACUCUGCAUAUAAGUUUUGGAAGCUGCCGCUGAGUGUCAUUGCUGCGACCAGACCGUUGAAGAAGUUCCUCUGUGGCCUCGGCCACCCCACCGUACAAGUCAGCCUGACCUUCAUCAAUGACACGGCGCCACCGUGUGGCCAGACCAGACCAGAGCUGAAGAAACUGUGCUUCCCUGACAAAGACCUGAGCUCCCACAUCAAGGAGAACAGGUUCCCCGGGGCCCUCCGCCAGCUCAGACAGCUCACCAGGCUUAACGUCUGCCCCAACUACACCAUCUCCUACAGUGUAGAAUCCGAUGUUCCGGCCCCAUUCGCUGUGAAUGAAAACACCACUGAGUUGGUAGUGACUGCGCCGUUGGACCGCGAGGAGAGCGAGACAUACAGUCCCAUGCUGAUCUGCACAGUGCAGACUGACACAAUGGUAGACACCUUUUUUGUUACACUGCAUAUCAACGUCUACGACGAGGACGACAAUGCGCCGUAUGUCAGUGGAACAGACACAGAGGACGUGGUGCUGGAAUUUGAUCGCAAGCAGGGAAGUUCUUUUGGCAACUUGGUUGUCUAUGAUAGAGACACAACACCCAGGUAUCCCAAAUCCCAGAGUCAGAAUAGAUUUGUCGGAAAUAUGAUGACCAAUGACUCAUGGAUAAAUGAAAUGUUCACCAUAGAGUACUCUUUCAAAGAAGAGAAGGCCAUUUUUGGCAACGUCCGAGGCACUGUUCAUGAGUUCCGGCUUGCACUGAAGAAGAAUUUGUCUGUAACCGAAAAUAGGACCUUCCAGCUGGAUUACCUGGUCAAUGACACUACAUACCCCGGUCCAGAGGGAACUGUGAUGCUGCACUACAAUAUCACCGUCUUACCUGUCCCCAUUCUCUUCACCAAUGUGACAUACCUCUUCGCACUAACACGUAAAGCUAAUGUCUACUCCCAGGUCGGUAGGAUUUGUGUGGACAACAGCCUGAAGUUCCAGGGCAUCAAUGUCACAUACCGGCUAGUAGUAGCAGAGAAAACAGGGAAUGUGUCCGACGACGUGCAGUCAUGCUACGCUGCGAUUAGCAUCGCACAGAGCCUCAAGGACAUGGUGGGGGUGCUAUAUGUGAACGACACAGAGGCGCUUCGCAGGCCAGAGUGCCAGGACCUGCAGUAUGUGGUUAUUGCUCAAGAGCAACAGAAUCUGCUGCAGGCUAGCACUCAGAUCCUCGUUGUGCUCGAUAGCGAUAUUGAUAAGCAGGGCCUAGAGGACCAGCAGUUCCUCUCCUGUGCAAAGGGAAGACAUCGUGGGGAUUGUGAGACCAUCAGAGGCCUGGGGGCAACCACAGGGAGGUGCCAAUGGAGACAGGGCUCUGCAAAAGGAAUAUCAGAAAGUUAUUCCACCUGCUCCCCUGACCUCCGCACGUGCCCUGAUGGCUUUUGUGAUGCAGUUGAAAGCAAAGACGCAUCAAUAUGUCCUCAGGAUUGUACACUUGAACCCGUUAUAGGUGGUCAUGAGAAGGGCAUCAUGUCUGGCAUUAGAGCUGGCCAUGGAACCUGCUACUGCUACUCUGAAAAAUGCUUCUGUGAGAAGGAUGAUAUAGAGGAGGCCAUGUGUGACGAGGUCUGCAAGACCAUCAUUGCCACUGCCGUGCUGCUCUCCUUCAUCGUCUCCAUUCUCCUGUCCUCCUACUUCAUCCAUCGUUACCACAAGAACUCCCCCAAGCCGCCCAUAACCUCGGCUGAGAUGACCUUCCGGCGGCCCGCACAAUCCUACCCAAUCAGCUACUCUGCUAACAACAUGCGCCGUGGCUCGUUGGACUCCAUGGAGAACCAAGUAGCCAUUGACACCUUCAAAAUACCUGAGGAUCCCAAAUGGGAAUUUCCACGCAAAAACCUGGUGCUGGGCAAAACGUUAGGAGAAGGGGAGUUUGGGAAGGUUGUCAAGGCGACUGCAUUCCGGCUGAAAGGAAAGGCUGGUUACACCACAGUAGCUGUGAAAAUGCUUAAAGACCACGCCUCACAUAGUGAACUGCGGGACCUCCUGUCAGAAUUCACCUUACUGAAGCAAGUCAACCAUCCACACGUCAUCAAGAUGUACGGAGCCUGCAGCCAGGAUGGUCCAAUGUAUCUGAUUGUAGAAUAUGCCAAAUAUGGGUCACUGCGCAACUUCCUGCGUGAGAGCCGAAAGGUGGGACCCAGCUACAUGUCAGGCAACGAUGCCAACCGCAACUCGAGCUACCUGGAGAAUCCAGAUGAGAGGGCACUCACCAUGGGCGACCUGAUCUCUUUCACCUGGCAGAUCUCCAGGGGCAUGCAGUACCUGGCUGAAAUGAAGCUUGUUCACAGGGACCUCGCUGCAAGAAAUGUCCUAGUUGCGGAGGGCCGUAAGAUGAAGAUUUCAGACUUUGGUUUGUCCCGGGACGUGUAUGAGGAAGACUCAUAUGUGAAGAGGAGCAAGGGUCGAAUCCCAGUGAAAUGGAUGGCAAUAGAAUCCUUGUUUGAUCACAUUUACACAACACAAAGUGACGUCUGGUCCUUUGGUGUGCUGUUGUGGGAGAUUGUGACACUGGGUGGAAACCCGUACCCAGGCAUCGCCCCUGAACGCCUCUUUAACCUCCUCAAGACUGGCUACAGGAUGGAGAAACCAGAAAACUGUACUGAGGAAAUGUAUAAUCUGAUGCUUCGAUGCUGGAAACAGGAGUCAAACAAAAGGCCCAUAUUCAUAGACAUCAGCAAAGAACUGGAGAAGAUGAUGGUGAAAAACCGGGAUUACCUGGACCUGGCAGCGUCUACGCCAGCCGACGCCCUACUGUACGACGACGCCCUCUCCGAAGAGGACACACCCCUAGUGGACAGCAAUAAUGCCCCUCUCCCUCGAACCAUUCCCUCCACAUGGAUUGAAAACAAGCUCUAUGGUAGAAUCUCCCAUGCAUUUACUCGAUUUUAGUGACAGGACACAUAAGCUUUUGACAUGCUGUGAUUGGCUUCCUGUAGUGUGUGACUGUGAUCUAGGCAUGCUUCAUGAAAAAGUCUCCCAUUUCUUAGGAAAUGAGAGUCAGUGGGAAAGGAGAAUCUUGUGUCUGAUGAUCACUAUUUGGACCUGCUUCUGAUGUACAUUCAACCUGACCAAAAUAUUGACACUUUUGUAAAUAGUAAACAUUUCCAUAAUUCCCUUAUAUGACAUAUUGUAAUCCACAUUCAAUCCUACGUAUUGAUUUUAUAUUAGGAAACAUACGUUUUGGACGGCAUAAACAUUUUCAAAAAACAUUCCAACACCCGCAAUUUUUUAUUAAUUUGGAAAAAGCUGUUCAAAAACAGUUUGACAUUUGAAACAGGGCCUUGCUGAAUCAAUCAUUAUCUAUUACAUUUGGAUUCCAGACUGUCUUAAGUUAUCUGAAUUGUUUGUGUGUAAAUAGGCUACCUAUUAAGCAUAAUGUAAGCGUACAGUAAGUCUUUUGAAAUCAACUUUUGGCUAACAUUGACAAAACAAUACUUUGUAAAAGUAUUUUCAUAAGAAAUUCCCAAACAAAUCCUAUAGAUCCUAAGCACUUCCAGUUGAUAGUUCAUAAAAGUAUUUAGCAAUAAGAUGGCUGCCAGUGACUUAGUUACCAUGAACAAACAGUGACUUAGUUACCAUGAACAAACAGUGACUUGGUGACCAUGGUGUCCUGUUACAGUGACGCAAUUCUUGUAUCUGCUUUAUGUGGACAUCAGUUAUCAAUGGUGCGUGAGCCAAGGAUAACAUUUAGAGGUCAUGACAUACAUUACCAAUAAUGUAAUUGUUGCUAAUUGUCUUUUGAAUCUUAUUCAAUCAAUCCAGUAUAUUUUCUCGGUUAAACUAUACAGGAACCAUGGACACCAUUAUUGUCUGUGAAGUGAUUUCUGCAUAGGAUUCUAAAUGUAUAGCCUUCUCAUGGUCCUAUGUCAAACAACCAUCUAUAAUUCACUUCUGAAAAAAUGCAUUCUGUCCAAAAUUUGAGGGAGCCUUUACUGUCUGCACUCUUUUUCUUAACUCGGUGCAGAAAAAUGAUAUGUUCUCGUUUUUAGGCAUGUCAUACCCGAACUGGCCUGAGAAGAGCCCCGUACUGCUCAACAGACUUGAUGCCACUAACCCAGUCUUUACAAGAUAUGCCAAUGAUAGCGUUUAUGCAAACUGGAUGGCUUUGCCUUCACCCGCAAAAAUUGUGGAGAAGAUUGAUAGUUAAAAGCAAAAACCAUUGUCGAAAAUAAAGAUUCCUAAUGGGGUAGAUGUGUAUAUUUAUAUAAAACUGUACAUAUACAAUCUAAAGUUGGUGCCCUUUCAUUUCUGUUGCACGGGGUAUUCCAAGUUAAAACUGGGGGAUUUCAAAAGUGCAUUUGCUGAAAAAUGGCUGGAAUUACAUAGACCGUGUUUCAAGCAGCUCUUCGGUAUGUUAAUCAUUACCUCAAAGUCAUGUUGGCCAAGUAUCAUUGCAUGACCGUGUACCAGGUUGUAUGUCAAUGUUAAUGUCUUUCAAGUGCCUGUGCCGCUUCUACGAUAGCCUCCAAUUAGUAGUGUACGACUGUGAAGAUGUUGUUUCCAGACCAGAAAUUAAAGGGGACUUCUUUACCGUCACCUGUCCUAUAAUGGUAGACCUGUGAGGUUAAGAUGGACAAAGAGUGGACACUGAGUUCAUCUAGAAAAACGGCAAAGUUUCUACUUCAUAUGAUCAUGUUCUUUGAAAUGUAAAAGCCACUUUUGUCUUUCCACUUUAAUAGAAUGUGGGCAUGUUCGGUGUCAAAGCUGCAGCUCACCAUUUGAUUCCUCGUAAUGGCAAUCUUUGUGCAACAGUUAGCUAGGAUUUUUGAAAACAAAUGAGUGUUAUCAAUUGUUGUUUUAUCAUUACGUGAUUAUGUUGCAAUCAAUAAAAGUUCAAAUAUAUGCGAUCUAUUUAUA